GGCGACAAAAAACAAAACAGACGUUUACAAGUUGAAAGGGUUGAAAACCGCCGGGCCGUUCAGUUUGAAUCUUGAAUUUCUCAUCGGCUUCUGUCAUUCGAGUGAUUCUAUUUCAGAGCUCAAUUUUUUUUUCGAUCAUAAAUUUGAACAGUUAAAAUGGAACGCAUUUGUUGCGUCAUCGACAUUGAUGGUUUUCACCUUCCGAUAGACGGAUCUACUAACAGGUACAAAUUUUUUGCUCGAGAAUUAGCCUAUGUGCGACUCUCCAAGGAGUAUACUUUACUGCCGCACUCUCGUAGGUUCGAUCUUCGGGGGAAAUUCGCCAUGGACAAGCUCGACGCGAAAUCGAAACUGAAAGUAAAUCAUCAAAUAAAACUGACGGGAUUAAGCUUAUUCCCGUUGGAUGACGAACCCGUGAUGGAUGACGAUGAUAUCCCCGAUUUGAUAAAUGAAAUUUAUGCCCGGUGCCGAACUGAAGACAUGAAUGUGAUCGCCUAUAAAGGAGGAAUCAUCGAAAAGAACAUUUUGAAGGAAUUGAAAAUAAAGAGUGUGAACCUGGAGUCUUACGGCUGUCCGCGAUUUGAGGAGCUGAUCAAGUCGCCGAUUUCGGCGAUAAAAAAUUGCGGUUACCAUCGUGAAACAACUGUUUCUGUUCCUCACUGCCCCCUCGCCGAAGUGACCGUCUUUAGGGAUUGGGUUCAAAUGCAGUGCAGAUACAGGGAUUCUCAUAAUGAGGACGAUGAUUCAGAAUCAACAAGUGAAGAAUCUGAUUCAGAAAAUGAAGAUUGAAAUAUUGGCAGGCUACUAAAAAGUUGCUUUCUGGAAGUGAAAAUCAAGAAGGUCUGAUACCUUGAUACGUAUUUGUAUGAAAGUAUUUACAUCAGCAAUAAAAGUUAUUUUUAGA